AUGGAACGAUUCCCUCUCAAAGCACACAUUCCAAAAAUGGCAACUACAUAUCAAUCUGUUUACAAGAAGGGUUCUAACACGGGGAAUGGACACGGAGGCCCCAGUGGCGAUGAUGACAUGGUGAACAUAAAGACGGGGCCGCAACGCGCGGCUGACACACCCACCACGCCCACAAGCCAUGGAACCUUUCAGCUGUACGAGCAUGGUACAAGAUACAGCGACGCUAGCGCCACAUGUUGCGAUCUGUGCCCCAAAAUGAUGGAAGAGUCUAAUGAGGCAGGGGAAACUGUGCCCCUUGUAGGUGACGAUGUAGGGGACGCUGUUAUGUUUUCCGGACUUCCAGGCGAAGCAGAUGAUAUUCCAGGAAUUGGUCAGUAUGAGGACUUUCACACAAUCGACUGGCAGAGAGAUAUUGCGAGAGACCGCAUGCGGCAUAGAUAUAUAGUCAAAAAGAGGCAGGACUCUAUAUGGGAUCUAAUUAAGGGCGCCCAUGACGCUUGGUCAGGGUGGGUCUGUGUGCUGCUCGUUGGUGUUUGCACAGGUGUCGUCGCGGGUGUGAUAGACAUCGGUGCAUCAUGGAUGACGGACCUCAAGUUUGGUAUCUGUCCACAAGCGUUCUGGUUCAAUAGAGAGCAGUGCUGCUGGUCCAAUGAUGAAAUAACUUUCGAUAGAGAAAACUGCUCUGAGUGGUUAACAUGGCCCCAAGUGUUUGGUGAAUCACGGGACAGCACGGGCGCCUACAUAAUCAGCUAUUUGUUCUACAUAGCGUGGGCGUUGACUUUCGCUGCCCUCUCCGCUUCGCUCGUGCGCAUGUUCGCACCGUACGCGUGCGGUUCGGGUAUACCAGAGAUUAAGACGAUACUCAGCGGCUUCAUCAUCCGCGGAUACUUGGGCAAAUGGACGCUCAUCAUCAAGUCAGUUGGUUUAAUCCUGUCUGUGUCUUCUGGUCUGUCCCUCGGUAAAGAAGGACCUAUGGUUCACAUUGCGAGUUGUUUAGGCAACAUCCUGUCCUAUCUAUUCCCCAAGUACGGACGAAAUGAGGCGAAGAAACGUGAAAUAUUAUCCGCGGCUGCGGCGGCCGGUGUCUCUGUUGCGUUUGGAGCGCCUAUCGGUGGAGUACUCUUCAGUCUUGAAGAGGUGUCAUACUAUUUCCCCUUGAAAACGCUUUGGCGGUCGUUCUUCUGCGCUCUGAUAGCCGCCUUCAUCCUUCGCUCCAUCAAUCCGUUUGGAAACGAGCACCUCGUACUCUUUUACGUGGAAUAUAACAAACCGUGGAAGUUCUUCGAGUUAAUCCCGUUCGUCGGUCUUGGGAUUAUUGGGGGUUGCAUAGCGACGAUAUUUAUAAAGGCUAACAUUUAUUGGUGCCGUUACCGCAAGUACUCGAAGUUGGGCCAAUACCCCGUCAUGGAGGUUUUAGUUGUGACCCUGGUGACGGCUAUUAUAGCCUACCCCAAUCCUUACACGCGGAUGAACACCAGCCAGCUGAUAUAUCUACUAUUUAACCAGUGUGGGAUAUCGAAUACAGACCCAAUAUGCGAUUACCAGAGGAACUACACUGACUUGAAUACCAUAGAAAAAGCGGUCGCCGGGGACAAAGUGUACAACGCUAUGUGGCUUCUGACCCUGGCCCUCGUCCUCAAACUAGUCAUGACUGUUUUCACUUUUGGUAUCAAGGUGCCAUGCGGGCUGUUCAUACCCAGCUUGGCCCUUGGUGCUAUUCCUGGAAGAAUCGUUGGCAUCGGUGUCGAGCAACUGGCUAACAAGUAUCCGAAGAGUUGGCUCUUCUCUGGCGAAUGUUCCAGCGGAGAUGACUGCAUUACACCAGGACUGUAUGCCAUGGUGGGGGCUGCGGCUGUACUUGGAGGAGUCACUAGGAUGACCGUCUCUCUAGUGGUCAUCAUGUUCGAGCUGACGGGCGGGGUGCGGUACAUCGUGCCGCUGAUGGCAGCUGCAAUGGCUUCCAAAUGGGUCGGCGACGCGCUCGGGAAGCAGGGCAUCUACGACGCACACAUUGCCCUAAACGGGUACCCGUUCCUGGACAGCAAAGACGAGUUCCAGCAUACAUCUCUCGCAGCUGACGUGAUGCAACCCAAGCGCAACGAAACGCUAUCGGUGAUCACGCAAGAUUCGAUGACAGUUGAUGACGUGGAAACCCUGCUUAAGGAGACCGAGCACAACGGAUAUCCGGUUGUCGUGUCCAAGGAAUCCCAAUAUCUCGUGGGUUUUGUUCUUCGGAGGGACCUUAACCUAGCUAUAGCCAACGCACGCCGUACCCUCGAGGGGAUCACUGGUCAGUCCGUGGUGAUAUUUGCUGGGCCUACGCAGCCGUUGCCCCCCGGUCCCCCACCCUUGAUGCUCACGCGCAUCCUUGACCUCGCCCCGAUCACAGUAACCGACCAGACGCCCAUGGAGACGGUCGUGGACAUGUUCAGGAAACUCGGUCUGAGGCAGACACUCGUCACGCAUAACGGGCGGUUGCUCGGUGUGAUCACGAAAAAAGAUGUCUUACGACACAUCAAGCAGAUGGAUAACGAAGAUCCUAACUCAGUGCUCUUCAACUAG